UCAAAGGUGUGCAUGAUUAUUUUGAUAUAGAGACCCUGGUAAACUGUGCCUGUUCCAGACUUAUUUGGCGUCGGGUUUUAAUGAUCAACCUGCAGCAUAACGUCCGGGUUUAUUUACGUGAUAUUCUUUCUUAGUUUGUCGGGAUGCAUGAGAAAAGACCAGCAGUCUUAGCUUUGGUGUCGGUAUGUGCUACGUUUUGCCUUUGGCUUACGGCCAUGGUUACACCCGGAUGGUUUAUUUUAAAAUGGGAAAGUACAAAAGCACCGUCAGUUCACAAGUAUAACGCAUAUGGACACUCUCUGUUGAACAGUAACCCUUUGGUUCACACUGAAAAGACUACCGAUUCUAUAGAGAUGAGUAUCUUUUACGUCACUGUGUGUGAGUCUCAAAGUUGUGUUCAAGUGGACUAUGACAAACUCCCCAAGAAAUCAAGAAACACGGCAAAUAGUCUACCUGAACUGAUGGAAAUUAAGAUUGAGAGCAUUUCUGCCUUGGGUCUUUGCGUGGUUGGCUUCUUUUUCCUGCUCUUAAACUUUGGAAAUUCCUCCAGAGUUUUAACCGGGGGGAUCAUUGUGGUUUUGGCCGCUCUUGUUGAGUCAAUUCUGGUUCUCCGAAUGACAAUAGCGAACAUAAGAGCAAGCAACGCUUUAGAUGCCGUUGAAUCAGUCUUGGAUUCUGAAAGUAUUUCAAUGGAAGUGGAUUUCCCUUACUCCCUUAUCCUUGCCGGUAUUGGCAUACUUUUCAGUGCCAUUGUGAUGUGGUUCUGUAGAGCUUUGUACGCAAGAUUACGCCAACAAACCACAGACGGUCGAGUGCUGAAUUUGUUUCCGGUCAACACUCCCAACAACUUUACAAUUCUGCAAGAAAGUUACUAACUCAAGAUACAUGUAUGCAUCAUCUGUAUACUGACACAUAUCAUGUAUAUAUACUAAGAAUAUCUUAUGCCUAUGUAUAUAUGACCAGGGAUCUAAUUUGAUACAAUAAUUGACAAAUCAAGUUGAAAUCAGAUUAUAAUGUACAUCUUUUCAUAAUUUUGCAGAAGACAAAAAAAAAUGCAUGAAAGAAAGAAAAAAGAAUUAAAGUUACGCAAAGUUUCCACAUCACAUUCCUUUCAUUUAUCUAACCGAGCUUUAUUUUUUCUUUAUAACAAUAUAUUUUAAACAAAUGAAAUAUUUAACUUUUUACAAAUACAAAGUCGCAGCAUUUUUAUUCACUUUUCUAACACUGAAAAUUCAUUUACUUUCAAACUGAAAAAGAACGAUCCCUCAAAAUUUUAAUAUCUUUUAUAAUGGAAAGUGUAUGUGUUCUUUU